GAGAUACGAAGAAGAGAACAGAGGGAAAGGUCAAACGACGAGAAAGAGGAACCAAAGGAAAGGAGAAUCUACGGAUACUGUUAUACGAAAAUACGUAUACAGAUACGUAUACUCGUGUGUAUUUGUACUCAUUUUUCUCAACGUAGCGUUAGACACAGUGAUUUUCCCCGGAAAAUCAAACCCUCCGAUUCCGGCAAAUAAGCAUUUUCGGCUUCGCGAACCUAAGCGAGGACAAUUGUUGAUCAAGAAGAAGUUUUUGAAGCUGAAAAGGUAUGGAAUUUCCAGAGAACAUGGACCAACAGAAUCAAGGCUCGGACUCAUCAUUUCAAAAUAAGCGUAAAAGGGGUCGUCCUCGCAGAGAUGAAAGCCAGACUCAGCAACAACUGGACCAAUCUGAUGAGAAUCUGAUAGGUCAAGUUGUUUCUGGUGUGGUAGAAGGUUCUUUCGAGGCAGGGUAUUUUCUCAACGUAAAGGUCGCAGACACAGAGAAGCAACUAAAAGGCGUCGUUUUCUUGCCAAAUAAAGUCACUCCAGUUACGCCAACUACUGAUUUGUUUCCUCAAGCUAAGAUGUAUGCAAGAGAAGAUGUCCUACUGACUUCUUUAAACCAACAAGCUCCACCUCAGGGGAAGGAAAACGCUGGGAAUCAUACUGUUGACAUCGGUUCUGAGCCUCGAACCGAGGACAUGAUUGCUGAUAAAAACCGUUCUGCUACACUGCCUGAUAAUCAUCCAAUGAGCGAUGCGGGUGUUGGUUCUGAGGUUAUUGGUGAGAGGAAUCUUCCUACUGAUACUGAGAUGAAAGAUGUUGGUGGAUCUUCUGCAGAAGAGAAACUCAUUGAACCUGAAGGCCAAACCCUCUCUCUGAUGCCACAGUUUGCUAGUGAUGAUGUAUCCAAAGAGGAUCACACUCUCUUGAGAUCCGAAGCUUGUGGAGCAAGUAAGACAGAAUUUACAGUCACUACUACUUCACCUAGAGAUUCAUUUGCUAAAGAUUCUACUAGUUUUGUUGAUUUCUUUCCAGCACCUGGUACGAAUCAAAAGCAAUCUACGGGAUCCAGCUCUUCGCUGAGCCUUGAACUCUUUCAGAAUGAGACUAAGCGAUCGGGAACUGAGGAUGUGAAAUCUCCUGCAGAAGCUGAGCCUCGUGGACUGGAGGAAAAGCCUGCUUCUCCCGUUGAUGAUGUGCCAGAGGAGCUUCAGCUAGAGCUUGGCAACAAGAAGAUGGGUGCUGCAGCCAUUGCUACUGAAGCAAAUCCUGAUCAGUCUGUUUCAUCAAAAGGUGGGUUCUUGGCGAAUUUGUUUCAAGGAAGAGAAGAAACAUCGAAAAAAGCAGAAGAUUCUAAUGCAGGUUCAGAGAGUGGCUUCCCAGAGGCAACAACACAAGUAGAUGGUAAUGAUUCUUGAGAAGUGAAUUGCGGCAUCAAAGAAAGCUGUUGGUAUUAUUUAGAACUGAACAACUUUGGUUUUCCUUUUUUGGGUUAGAAUAGUUAGCAAACUUAUCAGGCUCUGUCUCCUUCUCUCUUUUGUGGCAUUAUGUUUUUUGCUCUUUUU